CGAUGUCAAGAUCGCUGGUUGUCAAAGAUCAUCCAUCUAUCGCUGAACCACCCAGAACAAAUGGAAACACUGCCCCAUGUCAGAGAAGCUGAGAUAUCUCUUUCGGAGGAUGAGCUUAAUCUCCUCCGCGACAACUACCGUUCAGAAGGGGCCAAGCCGCGCCCACAAACAAGGUUCAACUAUGCUUGGGCGCUUGUACGAAGCCGAACAAGACCUGACCAAGAGGAGGGCCUCCAGUUACUGCACCAAAUGUAUAGUGAACUUCCCAGUCGACGGCGCGAAUGUCUUUAUUACCUCGCAUUAGGAGAAUACAAAUUGCAGAACUACAAAAAUGCACGGAAAUACAAUCAAACACUUCUGGAACAUGAACCUCAUAAUUCACAAGCACUGGAACUAGAAAGAAUCAUCAACCGAAAGAUCAAAAGAGAGGGAUUUGUUGGCAUGGCCAUCCUGUUUGUAACGGUUCUUACAGUAGGUUUAGUUACCGCGGUAGUUGUGAAACGCCGACAGCCCACUAGUACAUAGAUCGGUCAUUUUAUAUUUACAUUUUGAAGCAGCUAAAUAGCAUUCAUUGAUCCGAUAAUCAAACUCAAGCUUGAUUUAGUCCUAUGGUGAGCAUCAAUCCGAAC